AUGAGUAUAACGGCGUGUGAAAAGAAAUUACUGGAUGCGAUACCAAGCCAAUCGCCGCCACCUCAAUCAACAAGAAACAGCUUACCAAGGCGCGGCAGCAAUGAGGAGAAUCGCCGACCGGAGAAUGAUGACGAUGGUUUCACUCGGGUCGCUCGACAGCUUGCAAAUGAUAAAGACCCUUCAACCUUCCCGUUUGACGAUGAUGACGAUGUAAUUUUUCUUGGUGGACCGGAAGAACAAGAAAAUGCCGGGCCGAUCUUCGUGAGAAUUGACGCGAAUGAGGAUGAGAACGAUGUGGUUUGGAUCGAUUCAUCGAAGGGGCAAAAGAAUGACAAAAGACAGCUGAAAAAAGAUGAAAUGGUAAAGGAAUCUCAAGGAUCUUCUAGCGCAUCAUCAACUCUAAGCGCACACAUCGGACGUCCUCGUGGUCGACCUAGAAAGGAAAAGAUUCCUGAGAAUAAAGUCCCAAAGAAGCGCGGUCGGCCGAGGAAACAACUUGAACCAGUGAACAUGGAAGCGCUCGACUUGACACUCGCGCAGCCAACAUAUGAGGGACGACCGUUGCGCAAAAGGGCAUGGCAGGAUUUGAGUGUAAUCGACUUGUUUUCAUCAUCUGACGAGGAGGUUAAGAGACCUAAAGCUUCAACCAGUCGCAUCUCGACCCCGAGGAACGUAGACAAGAAUGAUGGAAAGAAUUUGCAAUCAGGAGGAAGAGGGAAGAAAGAAAUGGAAACGUCAUUAGGCGCUCUCACGCCCAGAACAAGCAUGAAGCCAAGAAAACGCGUUUAUGAAGACUUGGCGUUGCCAGAAUACGACUGGAGGCUUCCCCGAGAAGAUUUGUACGAGGAUAAAGAUGUUCCAUUACCAUUGAACUUACGCGACUUUCAACACACACCUCGGGUCCUGCCGAAAUUCAAAGCAAAAACAACAGAUUCACAAGCAAACAAGAUUCAAAGCCAUGUUCGUCUUCGCAAUUCGCAGCAGCAGCUUCAAGACUUUCCGGAUCCAUUGUUCCUAUCACCGCUUGAGGACCGAGCGGCUCAUAUGCGUGCUGAAAUGGAGUCGUUGAUCGGUCGUUUCGGUGGCUUGUGUGAUGAGGCGCGCGAUCUGAUAACGGAUUUAAAUAAAGACGUAGUGCUGAAGGCGGUCGAUCAAAUGAUGCACAAAGACUACAGCGAUUCGCUCUACAAGAGGAAGCCG